CAUGGCUGAAUGAAAGGACGCUAGAUUGCCCGAAGGGAGGAGAAAAUCAUCAUUUUUCAUGAGAUUCAUUAAUUUUUUCUAUCUCAUUUUGAUUCCAGUGAUGUCUAGAGCCCUAAAUCAUAUAUUUUUCACGUGAACAUUCGCAUGAGGUCACCAUGUAUAUGUACGAUCAACCUGAUGAAGUCCCUACACUGCUAGAUAUGGAUUCACAAAAUCUGUGUACACCAUCAAACAGCAUGCCAAGUCUAGCGAUGCCAGUUGUGAAGACGGAGCCAGCAGAUAUAACAACCAUGAUGCCAGCAGCACAGUCCAUCAAGAGAGAGCCACAUGACAUGAUGACCAUGAACCAGUUGGAAUAUAUUAAGACUGAACCACAACAUAUGAUGGAUUAUAAUCAAAUGAACUCAAUGAUUAUGAACUCCAACAUGUACCCCAUGAUGAACUACCAACAACCCAUGAUGCAUGGUCUGCCCAUGCUGGCACCUCAACAUCAACAACUACAGCAACAACAACAACAGCAACAACAGCAUGAAGUAGCAUUAACACAGCAAGAGCGUAAACCAGGAAAGAAAUCUAAGAUCAAACAAGAGAAGAUAACAGAUAGCUUCAAAGAGAAGAAACCUAGAAGGAAAGUUGAUCGUUUCCAUGGUACACCUGAAGAGGAGGUAGCUAAAAGGACUCUUCCUGAUAUCCUCAUACCAAAUCUGGAUAUUGUUAUUAUUGGCAUCAACCCAGGACUGAUGGCUGCAUAUAAGGGUCACCAUUAUGCAGGACCUGGGAACCAUUUUUGGAAAUGUAUCUACCUAUCAGGCCUUGUUGAUGAGCCUAUGACCUGUAUGGAUGAUCAUCGAUUGUUGGAAUUCAGCAUUGGAUUUACUAAUAUUGUAUCCAGAACGACUAGAGGAAGCUCGGACCUUACAAGAAAAGAAAUUAAGGAUGGAGCUAAGAUCUUGACUGAGAAGAUCCGAAAGUACCGGCCAAUGAUUGCUUGCUUCAAUGGCAAGGGUAUCUAUGAAAUCUUCAGUGGAAAGAAAGACUUUGAGAUAGGACGACAGCCAGAGACUAUGCCUGAUACAGACACGGUUAUUUAUGUCAUGCCAUCAUCAAGUGCCCGAUGUUCACAGUUCCCUCGUGCCACAGAUAAGGUCAACUUUUAUACAACACUCAAGGACCUACGGGAUGAACUCAAACAAAUACAAAGAAAACCUGCCCCUCCCCUUCCAGCCCUCUCACCAGCCCCUCAGUCAACAACACCCCAGCCCCAGGAACAACAACAACAGCAACAGCAACAGCAACAACAACAGCAGCAAAAACAACAACAACAACAACAACAACAACAGCAGCAGCAGCAGCAGCAGAAGCAACAGCAGCAGGUAAAAGUCAAGCAGGAGGCUGGUUUGCAAGUGAACUGUCAUGGUCAACAGCAGGGUCAGGCAGUACCUGUUCGUGUUAAAAUGGAGAAUCAAAGUGAGGGUCCAACAACUUGCAGUAGUGGUACUAGUACAGCUUACCAUGGCACAGUACAAGGCCCUGUACCUCACCAGCCCAUACCAUCAAUGACUCCCCAUGCUGGUCCAAUGCUGAUUAAACAAGAGCCAGGAAGUUAUUAUCCCAAUACAUGCAGUGGGCAGUACCCACAAGCACCACCACUGCCUUCAGCAAGACAAGAACAGGGUAUGGGAUACCCCGUUAUCAAGCAAGAAAUGCCUGAUACACAGAUGAGGCAUUAUGGGGCUGCUGUUCCCCCUACUACAGCCCAUAGUCAAUUCCAGCCAGGUUAUUUCAUGGACCAGAUUCCCAUUAUUGGAAUGGGGGAAAAUGGUGGAAUAAUGAUGGGAAAUCACAACAUGCCACAUCAGCAUCAGCAGCAGAUAGGAACCAGUCAUCCAUCGGGUAAUGGACCUAUUUCAAUGCCACAAGCCCCUAUAGAUCCAUCUAUGCCAAAUUAUGCUCGCACAUACCCUGACCCUAGAGGGCCCUCACCCCAUGGUUAUCCACAGCAAAUGUAUCCCCAGCAGCACAUGCAGCAACAGCAGCAUCCCCCUCAACAAUAUACCCAACAGAUGUCCCAACAGAUGUCUCAACAGAUGCCACAACAGCCAGAACAAAGUCAGAAACAACAACAUCCUGGCAAAGGUACAUGUAGUACCUAAGUAGCUGUUGGUAAUCCCUAACCCCAGCCAGCUGGUCAGAUGUUCCAAACUAAGCCUCCUUUGAAACUGUUCACAAUAAACUUGUCAUACCUACCGAAUCAUCUAGGAAUACUCCCAAUUGGGUUUUACAUGUGUUGUGUUUUCCAAGCCAAAUUUGAAAGAUGACACAUUUUAACAUGUACAACCAAAACAUACAGUUUCUUGUGUUUGGACUGUUGGACUUUCCACUCGAUAUAGACAAACUUAAAUCUGUUGCAGCUAGGCAGUAAAUUCAGAACCUUUCUUAUUGACAAUCACAGACAAAAUGUAAUGAUCAAGUGCUAAGAAGACAUGAAGAGUGUUUGUGCUCUUGCAUUGAUUCCUAAAGUACAUGUAAGAGCCCUGUAAACAACAAUUUGGUGUACGUCCUUUGCCAUACAUUCUUUGCAUGGUGACACAUUCUUCUCUAUUUUGCUUUUUUCCCGCUCAGACCGAUUAUGAACUAAUUGUCUUGCCUCCUGAAACAAGAACCAGUGGUAAAUUUAAAUAACUUGCCUCACCCAAAACUGGUGUUGCAUCUUUAAUAACAAAUAUAAAACCAUGACUGGUUAUAUUUAAUGGAGUGACUUGGCUACGGCUAUGGCCGAUGGCUGCAGCAACAAUGUUGAAGAAUAUGUCUUUUUAGCAAUCCGGACAUAGCCACUUACAAAACCCUCAAACUUAACACAACUAUUCAUAUUGUUUGGAGAAACCGUUUGUCAACAUAGCUAUUUCUUAUUUGACAAUUAGCUUCACUUUUGUGAUUGUACGAUGCAUGAAAGCUUGUUUGAAUAACGUUGAUAAUUAUUGCCAUGGCUAGGCUAACCAGAGCAAUGUUUUCCGAAGCAAUGUUUUUUUAUGUCACUGUCAUUUGAGUUCCAUCUGGACGGCUUCAUCUUUGGUACAUAUUUCAGAACCCAAUGUUCCUGCCAUUUUAAUGACACAUUGUAUCUAGUAAAACUCCAUCUGUAUGACUGGAGUUGCCUUAGUGAAAUAUCACACCUUUGUGGAACAGAAUCAACGACCCAUAUGGAUGUGAAAUCCUAUGCAAGUCAAUUGAAAAAGGGGACUUGUCCUUAUGAAUGGCUUCCUAAUUCCAUGCUUCCUGUAUAACAAUCUCAUCUAAUUGUAGAUUGUUGUUGACUAUAGUUGGCUUGUUGACUUGUUUCUUUCAGGUGACCUUACCCAAGCAGCUAAUUGUCUGCCAACACAAUGCUGCUACUCUAUAGUUUGUUAUGGUAUUUAGCCGUCCACUCCACAUACAUGUACAUGUAGGUGCAUGGAUUGAUGUCUGUUGAGUAUAUAUUGCAGUGGGCCACACAACUACAGGGCUUUGGCUUAUACUGCAUAUUUCUAUGAUAGUAUUAUCUACUGUAGGGAAGUGUGUUUGCACCAACUACAAACACAGUUUAGACAAGGCAUUUCCAUUGAUUAUGGCUACAAAUACCCAGUUUAGGCAAGGCAUUUCCAUUGAUUAGGGCUAUAAACACAGUUUAGACAAGGCAUUUCCAUUGAUUAGGGCUAUAAACACACAGUUUAGGCAAGGGAUUUCCAUUGAUUAGGGCUAUAAACACAGUUUAGACAAGGCAUUUCCAUUGAUUAUGGCUACAAAUACCCAGUUUAGGCAAGGCAUUUCCAUUGAUUAGGGCUAUAAACACAGUUUAGACAAGGCAUUUCCAUUGAUUAUGGCUACAAAUACCCAGUUUAGGCAAGGCAUUUCCAUUGAUUAGGGCUACAAACACAGUUUAGACAAGGCAUUUCCAUUGAUUAUGGCUACAAAUACCCAGUUUAGGCAAGGCAUUUCCAUUGAUUAGGGCUAUAAACACAGUUUAGACAAGGCAUUUCCAUUGAUUAUGGCUACAAAUACCCAGUUUAGGCAAGGCAUUUCCAUUGAUUAGGGCUACAAACACAGUUUAGACAAGGCAUUUCCAUUGAUUAUGGCUACAAAUACCCAGUUUAGGCAAGGCAUUUCCAUUGAUUAGGGCUAUAAACACAGUUUAGACAAGGCAUUUCCAUUGAUUAUGGCUACAAAUACCCAGUUUAGGCAAGGCAUUUCCAUUGAUUAGGGCUACAAACACAGUUUAGACAAGGCAUUUCCAUUGAUUAUGGCUACAAAUACCCAGUUUAGGCAAGGCAUUUCCAUUGAUUAGGGCUAUAAACACACAGUUUAGACAAGGCAUUUCCAUUGAUUAUGGCUACAAAUACCCAGUUUAGACAAGGCAUUUCCAUUGAUUAUGGCUACAAAUACCCAGUUUAGGCAAGGGAUUUCCAUUGAUUAGGGCUAUAAACAUGCAGUUUAGACAAGG